UGUACUCUACUCUAAAUUACCUCAAACAAAAUUUAAUUACUCUACUCUCUCUUGACUUGUCAUCACGCUUCAGGUUACCGUGCGAGCAUCUCCCCCUCGACGUCAGAAGCCGUUACUCGUUACAUUGCGCACCCCUCCGCCCUCUCUCUCUCUCUCUCUCUCUCUCUCUCUCUCUCUCUCUCUCUCUCUCUCUCCUGUAAAACAAUUUACGAAUCAGCAGAAAGCUCCAGGAUUCUGAUUUUGCAUUCAAACGCGAGGUUUAAUUUUCUGAUUCUGAUGACGAACAAGUUGAAAUCCACCGCAUAAGAGGAACAAUUAUUCAACAAUUUCCAUAAUUCAGUUAAAACCUAGGGUUCAUUAUAAAUGGAAAACGAAGAUUUGAGGUCAGGGACGAAAAAGAAGAAGAGAUCCAAACCGAUUGAAAUUGAUUUUGAUUCAGAUAACGAUAAACCAAUUGGAUCGUUUUUAAAGUUAAAGAGGAAUAAGAAGAAGGUUAGCUUUGCAUCAGAGGGUUCUUGUGGUGGAGACUCUGUUAAGGAAAAAGAGAAUUCUAGGGUUAUGGAUGAUAAUGAUACGUUGGCUACCUUUAGGAAAAGGUUGAAGGGUCCAAAGAGAGAUCAGGGAUUUGAGGCCAUGCCUGCUUUGAAUGUUUCCGUCGAGGGUAAUGGCGGAUCUGGGAAAUGUGAUGAUGACAUGCAGCUGCAUCAUGAUUCUGAUCAGCAUAUGGAAGAAUCCUUGUCUACGAUUUUCCACAAGGCGCAAUCGUGUUCUGUUAGGAAAUCCCGUGCCGCGAUGGGUUCGAAGCAGAAAAAACGGAAUCGGAAUGUGGAUAGUGGGUUGAAACAUGGUUCCAGAAGUUUAACAGAAAAUGUAGAUUCUGUGGUUGAAAUUAGAUCUGGAUCUGCUUCUGCCUUGAAAUCGGUUGAGAGAAAUCAUGAGUCUGAUACGUUUUGUUCAGUAUCUGUGAUGGAGAAUCAAAAGGGUGGCGGUGACUGUUUGCAAGAGGAAAAGGCGAAAGGUAUUUGUGAUUCAAACAUUCCUGAUGAACCGUCGGUUGAUCACUCUAACUCAAUCAUUGCCUGCGAUGGCGAUGGACAGCAAUUGACAAGUGUACAAGUUGAAAAUGUUUGUGGUGCUUCUGACGAAAUGGUUACAUUGCAAGAAAAAAUUAUCGAUAAUAGUUUGAAUCAGUGUUCUUCCAUGUUACAAGAUGUUGAAAUAAUUGAUAUUGGCUCUCUCUCUAAAGUGGGGGAAGGGGUAUGUGGACUUUCUGAGACUGGAGAGCUUGAGAAUAAUAGAUCAAUUGAUGAAAUAGCAGAAGAACAGGUGUGUAAUGGUGCUUCAGAAGGAGGCAUUUCUUCUUCAGCAGAGAAAGAAGUUUUGUUAACUUGUCACACUAAGCACUUGAUUAAAUUAAAUGAAAAUAAUCCCAUUGUUUCUGGAAAAACUUUCCAGGAAUCCUCAAUCAAUGGAGGUAAAAAAUUGGAAACUGAGUCUGUUUCUGGUAGAGAUUGCUAUGAUUAUAGUCCUUUAGAAACAAAUGCUGAAGUGCAAGAUGUUGUUGUAGGCUGCUCACCUGAAAAACAUGAAGCAAUUGCCAGUGGUAAUUUAUCCUCUAUUUUGCCUAACGAUGCCAAUGAAUCUGAGUUGAUUGUCCAGUCAAAUCACCCGGACAAACCUUUGGAAAUGUGUAAUAUUCCAAAAUACUCUAAUGCACCCAUUAUGAAGUGCAGCUAUACGUUAAAUCCAAAUCAAUCCGAUGGGUCCUCUAUACAAUCUUCAAUUCCAGAUGAAAAUGGAAACACUACAGAAUAUCAUGCCUCUGUGUCUGAUUUUGCUGACAAUGGUGGUAAGAUAUCGGGCAUUCCUCGGGCAGCACGAAAGACCAAAAUGAAUAAGCACGGCGACAUGACUUAUGAGGGAGAUGCCGAUUGGGAGAUUUUAAUAAAUGAUAAAGCCCUAAUUGGAAACCAAGAUGCUGCAGACGGUGAACGUACUCUUAGAGCAAGAGUGAAGCAGGAUUCCUCUUUGAAUGCUGUUGAGGACUCUGAAAGUGUUGCAGUAGCAGCAGUAUCUGCUGGACUGAAAGCUCGUGCAGUCGGUCCAAUUGAGAAAAUCAAAUUUAAGGAGAUCUUGAAGCGUAAAGGUGGUCUAAAGGAAUAUUUAGAUUGCAGGAAUAAGAUCUUAAGCCUAUGGAGCAGUGAUGUCACACGUAUUUUACCUCUUGCUGAAUGUGGAGUUAGUGAUACCUGUUCUGAGAAUGAAAGUCCCCGUUCUUAUCUUAUUAGGGAGGUCUAUGCAUUUCUUGAUCAAUAUGGUUAUAUAAAUGUUGGAGUUGCCUCUCAAAAGGAGAAUGUUGAGAGCUGUGCAAGACAUUGUUACAAACUUGUAAAAGAAAAAGGAUUCGAGGAAAGUUCUACGGCUUCAUUGGCCGGCUCUGAAGAUGGAGUUCCUUUUAAUGUUGGUCAGACUAAAAUGUCAUAUGCUUCUAUGGAUAUUAACAAUGAUCUAAUAAAGGAUUUUGAAGACCUGACAACUAAAGCUACAGAGGGCAUGAUGCAUGUUGACGAAGUGAUGACAGAUUCAUCAAACAUGGCACAACAUGAAAGAAAAAAUUAUGAUGAACAGGAAAAUGUUGGGAUUCAGGAUGGAGUCGGUGGAAUUAUACAUUUCAAUGAUAACAGUGCUGUUCCUUCUUUUAAAUUUCCCGAUUGCAGAUUGACUUCUCUUGUUGCUACAAAACACAACAGUGAAUCUAAAUUUGUUAAACAUGCAUUAGGGGAUCAGAUAGGUGAUACUCUGCAGUCUGAUUUAGAGGCUAGAAAGAGAGUGAUUAUAAUUGGAGCUGGUCCUGCUGGGCUAACUGCUGCUCGCCACUUGAAUCGCCAGGGGUUUACUGUAACUGUGCUUGAGGCUAGGAACAGGAUAGGAGGCCGGGUAUUUACAGAUCACUCGUCUCUUUCUGUCCCUGUGGAUCUUGGUGCUAGCAUUAUAACAGGUGUUGAGGCUGAUGUGGCCACUGAGAGAAGACCAGAUCCUUCCUCGUUGGUUUGUGCUCAGCUGGGCCUUGAAUUGUCAGUGUUAAACAGUGACUGCCCUCUUUAUGACACAGUGACUGGUCAAAAAGUUCCUGCAGAAAUGGACGAAGCAUUGGAAGCUGAAUACAACAGUCUUCUUGAUGACAUGGUACUGGUUGUUGCUCGGAAAGGUGAACAAGCAAUGAAAAUGUCUCUUGAAGAUGGUUUAGAAUACGCCCUUAAGAUUCGCCGCAUGGGACUUUCUGAAGGUAGUGAAGAAACUAAGCAAAAUUUUGAUGAGGAGAUUUUGGAUCCUCGGGAGAGGAGGGUUAUGGAUUGGCACUUUGCUCAUUUGGAGUAUGGCUGUGCUGCUUUGCUUAAAGAAGUUUCUCUUCCCUAUUGGAAUCAAGACGACGUGUAUGGAGGAUUUGGGGGACCUCAUUGUAUGAUCAAAGGAGGUUAUAGCAAUGUUGUUGAGUCUCUUGGAGAAGGGCUCGCUAUUCAUAUGAACCACACUGUCACAAAUGUGUCAUAUGGUAUCAAAGAACCUGGUGAGAAUAAUAAAGUCAAAGUUUCUACAUUGAAUGGCAAUGAAUUUUUUGGAGAUGCUGUCCUCAUUACUGUCCCACUUGGCUGUUUGAAAGCUGGAACUAUACAGUUCUCCCCCUCUUUGCCGGAGUGGAAAUGUUCUUCCAUUCAGCGUCUUGGCUUUGGAGUUCUCAAUAAAGUGGUUUUAGAAUUUCCUACUGUGUUUUGGGAUGAUGCGGUGGACUACUUUGGAGCAACAGCUGAGGAUAGAAGCAAAAGAGGUCACUGCUUUAUGUUCUGGAAUGUCAAGAAAACUGUUGGGGCUCCUGUCCUUAUAGCAUUAGUGGUUGGUAAGGCAGCCAUAGACGGUCAAAGUUUAAGCUCUUCUGAUCAUGUCAACCAUGCAUUAAAGGUUCUUCGGAAACUUUUUGGGGAGACUUCAGUUCCUGAUCCAGUUGGAUAUGUUGUGACUGAUUGGGGUAGGGAUCCCUAUAGCUUUGGUGCUUACUCUUAUGUUGCUGUUGGAGCAUCAGGAGAAGACUACGAUAUCUUAGGAAGACCAGUUGAUAACUGCUUGUUUUUUGCUGGUGAAGCAACCUGCAAAGAGCACCCUGACACUGUUGGUGGUGCAAUGAUGAGUGGACUACGGGAGGCUGUUCGAAUAAUUGACAUAUUGAACACCGGAAAUGACAAUACUGCAGAGUUAGAGGCAUUGGAAGCUGCACAGGGGCAGUUGGACACUGAAAGGAAUGAAGUUAGGGACAUAAUGAAGAGACUUGAUGCAGUUGAGCUUUCUAGCAUACUAUAUAAGAACUCUUUUGAGGGUGCUCAAAUCAUAACCCGAGAAGCUUUAUUAAAGGAAAUGUUUCUCAAUGUGAAAACCAAUGCUGGGCGCUUGCAUGUGGCCAAACAAUUGCUAAGUCUUCCUGUAGGAAACUUGAAGUCCAUUGCUGGAAGUAAGGAGGGGCUAACUGUUCUCAACUCCUGGAUACUGGACUCAAUGGGCAAAGAUGGCACCCAACUCUUGAGGCAUUGUUUGCGCCUUCUUGUGCGUGUAUCGACUGAUCUAGGUGCUGUACGCUUAUCAGGAAUGGGGAAAACAGUGAAGGAAAAAGUUUGUGUACAUACUAGCCGUGAUAUUCGAGCUAUAGCUAGUCAAUUGGUCAAUGUAUGGCUUGAAAUCUUUCGCAAGGAAAAAGCUUCUAAUGGGGGAUUAAAGUUGUCAAGACAAAUAACUACUCUAGAAUUAUCAAAGAGAAAAUCUUUAAAAGAUUCAGCGUCAGGGAAGCCUCCUCUCAGCAUACAUCAGAAUGCCGUUGAGAAUAAAGAAGGCUUGCUGAAUCCUGUAUCUGCUGGAAGCAAUUCACCUUCCACCACACACGCAAGGAAAUUGCACAGCAAACAAGGAAGACAACAAUCAGUAUGUGACUCAAGGCAUGAAGUCAGUUCUUCCAGGUCCCAAGGUUCAAUAGAUAAAAUAGUUACCAAGGAGGAAAAUAAACGCUAUGCUAUGUCUGAAGAAGAAAAGGCUGCUAUAGCUGCUGCAGAAGCUGCCCGUACUAAAGCAAUUGCUGCUGCUGAGGCAUAUGCCUCUGCAGAAGCUAGGUGCAGUACACUGUCACAGCUUCCAAAGAUACCCUCAUUCCAUAAAUUUGCUAGACGAGAGCAGUAUUCACAAAAUGAUGAGAUUGAUAGUAGAAAAAAGUUGCCCGGUGGUUUUUUCGGAAGGCAAGAUUGUGUUUCCGAGAUCGAUUCUAGGAAUUGCAGAGUUAGGGAAUGGUCUGUUGAUUUUUCCACCGCUUGUGUUAAUCUUGAUAGUUCUAAAAUACCGGUUGACAAUCUCUCACAGAGGAGUCAUUCAAAUGAGAUUGCCAGCCAUUUGAAUUUCGGAGAGCGCUCGGGAGAAAGUGCUGCUGUGGACAGUAAUCUAUAUACAAAAGCUUGGAUUGACACAGCUGGUGAUGGGGUAGUAAAAGACCACCUUGCCAUAGAGAGAUGGCAAUCUCAAGCAGCUGAAGCUGAUUCUUAUUUUUCUGAUCAAAUAAAUCAUUUGAAGGAUGAGGAGGAUUCAAAUGCCUAUUCAAGGUUACCCAGCUGGAAACAUGAUGGUGUAAUAAAUGAGAGUUCUGUUUCUCAGGUUACUGUAAAUAAGGAAGGGUCCUUCAAAGGUCAUUCUCGAGGAGCAGAUCAUAUUAAACAGGCUGUUGUUGACUAUGUUGGAUCACUACUUAUGCCCCUAUAUAAGGCUAGGAAACUAGACAAGGAUGGAUACAAGGCAAUAAUGAAGAAAAGUGCAACAAAGGUCAUGGAGCAAGCAACGGAUGCAGAAAAAGGCAUGACUGUUCGUGAGUUUCUAGACUUUAAGCGAAGGAAUAAGAUUCGCUCGUUUGUGGAUAUAUUGAUCGAGAGACAUAUGGCAACAAAACCGGGUACAAAAUCAUAAUACUCUUUCGGUUAUAUGGGCUGUACUUUUUUGUGCUUCUCCACAAGGGUUGUUCGAGUCUGGUUCUUACAAUUCUCAGCUUGGGUGGUUGUGCUUAAGUACUCAUAUGAGCAUUUCAAGCUUCCAAUAUAAAUGAUCCAGAAGCUGCUACAGAAGUAACAGAUACAAGUUGAUCGAUCCAAAUCAAGUGGGCUCUGGAAAAUUGCUGUCUUGGCAACCAUGAACAGAAUAAAGGUGACAGAUAAAAGUUGAUUGAUUCAAAUCAAGUAGGAUCUGGAAAUUUGUUGUCCUGGAAAGUGACAACUGGAAACAGAAUACUUGUAUUAUCUGCAAACUCAGUGCAUACAUCUGUUAGAUCUUUCGGGUGGCCUGCAUUGGCAGAUUUGAUGAUGACAACGGAUAGCAGCCAUAUGUCCUUUAUUACUUCAUCUUUCAUUGAGGUUUACACCUCCACGGUUGAAAUCUUAGACCCUAUUUUUAUUAAAGGGGUUCCCAAUGGGAAAACAUAUUGACCUUAAGGUCAAUUCUUCUAUUUGUGCAGCGUAGGCUUGUUUCUAGUGAUGAAAAGCAUACAUAAUCAGUUUCCCAUGCUCUUCAAGAAACAUUUCUCCUAUUUAAGUUUUACAUCAAUAACUGACUCUUUUGUUUCAUUCUCCAAAGUGUGAAGAAUGCCAACUUUUGUAAGAUACAUUGUUACUCUAAUAAUUUUUUUCUCCA